ACUCAACCAUUGAGCCAUCGCAUGCAUCUUCUCUAUUCAUCGAACCGAAUUAUUUCAGAAUGAAAUAAAUGAGAGCUCACUUAUUUAUGUUCGCCUGGUUAUAUCAGAUCUGUAAUGCUUUAUAUGCGAUUAUUUUAUUAUAAUUAUAAGUUAAACGAGAUACAAAUGCAUGAGAAAUAAAUAAAUGAGAAAUAAAACGCGCCAAAUUGCACGGUCAUAGAAGAAUAUAGAUGUCUCCAAUACCGUGGUAGAUAUCGCGCACAACGGACCUCCUUGAAAAACAUGUUCACCGAGGGAAAACAGUCGUCCACGACACAGCGGGUGGCCCGUUGCCAAGUAUGCUCGAAUACUAGGCAUUGUUCGCAUAGCUAUAGUUACCUGACGUAGCCAUGCGUCUCCAGCAACGCAGUUGUCAUAGCAGCCAGAAUACGAUUCUCGCUACAGUGAGAGAUAUAUUGUUCGUCGUCUUAUUCUUAUUUCCACUUGCCGUCUUCCGGACUCUGUUCUGUAUGCAUUCUGCUAGCUACGCUUACGGGAGAAGCGAGAUGAACUGUAAUGUACGAGAUUUUCGUUCAGCUUGAGUUUAUUCUAGAUCUAACGAAUUCGCACAGUUGGCUGGACGUCUGGUAUUUCAUUAUAGUGCGACUACGUUGCCCUGCACGCAGCUCAAGUCACUAGAUCUGGUGACUAUAGGCGCUCUAACUUCUAGCUGCGUUCACUCGGCGUAACCAAGACAACCGCGUCGACCAUGGCCAACGUCUACACGCGUCAGUUCCGGCGACCGCGUACGACGACGUUACGCGACUUCGGGGCGAAGCCGUCGCCGCCGACGACGGAGAUGACGACGCUGAGAGUGCUGUCGCCUACACGCCGCUGUAACCCGCAGCCGAUGGGCCUGGUCUAUCAGAGUCCGUACAACAGGGAGGGGAAGACGUUUGAAAUCUGGCAUCCUGACUUUUCAAAGAUUUAUAGACGGUUUCCAUCGAUGCUAAAGCAUUUGGAUAUGACAAACUUCACUUCUGGACCCGCACAUCAGUUUCUAAAGCGGAAUGUUGGCGGUAACCCGGAAGUCCUGUACAGCUCCGAAUGCACGUACCGGGAUAACUUCCGGAACCCGGCAUCGCUGCCGCAGAUCGGUAAACCCAUCGGAUGCACGCGAUUCGGCCAUCGUCCGGGAGGAGGGCCAACGCGUGGCAUAGUACCGUCGGCUCUUCCCGACAUAGCGACCACGACAAGGGCUGUUCAACCUUGCAAGAACGGUCACUAGCAGUGUAACCAUGACGUCACCGACACUGCCAGAUCCAAUCAGCUUUCAUCAUCGCCUGUACGCCAUAGCAACAGCACAGCCGUUCGCGUAGCAACGACGUAACAAUAAACGUUCGAACGCAGUUGGUUAGCAAAGUUA